AGCUUUCAUUACUGUUGGUAGCACUUCUAUAGCGUAGCAUGUUUAAACUGUUUUCCGUUGAACCACAAACGGUUAAACGAAAGAUACGUUUUAAUCUCGUCGGCAGCCUAAAAUAAGUAUAAAAUAAAAUAGCGAUGUUGCAGAAAUACAAAGCACGUAAUGUUGGAAAUACAGAAAAAAAUCGUAUUAUCCGCGCUGAAAGACAUAGAGAGUCGCGUAAAAAUUGCAGAGCAAAGACAUUUAAUGAAAAUCGCAAUAUAUCAAACACUACGAUAAAUAUUCAAGAUGAAAAAGCACAGAUUGAUCCUGCUGUAGAAGACCGUUUACGUAGACUCGAAAAAUGGAAAGCCGAACGUGAAAAACGUAAGAAGGUUGAACAACGUACAAAAAAACGACCGUUUAUAGUUGGAGUUGUUCAUCAUAAAAUAUAUUCGCCAAUUACAACAGCUACACCAGUUAAUACACUUAUCACUACAUCUAAGUCUCUUCCAAAACGAGUAACAAGGGCGACAGAGAAGCGAUUAAUGAAUAAAGCAAAUGAGAAGAAAAAUGCAGAAAAUUCAAGUAAGAAUUUAAAUGUUCCAAAUAAAGAUCAGAAGAAUAAGAAAAAGGAAGUGCAAUCUUUUGCUCCUGAGGGACAUAAAUUUAAAGCUCCACCAGGGUUGCCUAAAAUGCCAUUAUUUGGGAAAGUAGUUGUACAAAGUAUGUCACCUGCCAGACUAAGUCAAGUUUUAAAUUCUCCUUCAAAAAUGACAAGGGCUAGUAUUAAAAACCAUAGUACAGAGUUUAAUGAAGAAAAGGAUCAUUUAUCAAUGGCUGAUACAAAAGAUAGUUCUGUGGAAUCUAUAUCAUUAAAAUUAUCAAUUAGUGAUAAGGAAGCAUCAAAUGAUAAUGAAAUACAUAAUAAUGACAGCAUCACAGCAGCAGCCUCUUCUUUAGACAAUAAUGUGUCUACAUCUAUAUGGUCAAGUUCUCCAUGUGAACCAGCUUUUUUUUCACCUCAUAUAGUUUCUAGUCGUGGAAAAAGCAAUGCCAGAAAAGAACAACAGUUAAGACGAGGUUUUAGUCUUGCUCGUUCCUCAGACAACGAUAUUCCUACGAAAGAUACAGUUAUGAAAAAUUUAAAUAUUUCGAUUGAAGAAGAAGAACGUACUGCACAAUAUUUUCAUUUUCUUUUGAAUAAAGAAAUAAAUAGAUUAAAUGAAUUAUGUGAAAAAUGGGCAGAAAUCAAAACAAAGCCUGACACUACAGAUGAUGGUCAAUAUGAAAUAAAUCAAGCUAUUGGGCAAACAAAUUUGUUAAUAAGCAAAAAAUUUGAAAGAUUUCGAAGAUUAGUUAGCGAUUGUGAAACAGGAAAGGGUGAAAUGUUAGUUACAUGUAAGGAUUUGCAAGGAUUUUGGGAUAUGAUGUACAUAGAAGUGAAAAACUGUGAUGCACGAUUUGAAAAAUUAGAAAAUCUUCGUGCACAUGCUUGGAAAGAGGAGGAAUUGUUUGCUCAGAGACCAGUUGCUAAAAAAAAAAUUGUUAAAAAGAAAGUUGUAUCAAUGAAGCCCAGUUCUCUUAGAGCUUUCUUGGCAAAAAAGAAAAUGAAGUUGAGAAAUAGUGGUGAUGCGAAAGAACUUAAAUCUAGGUCUAUUAAUUCCAGUGAAAAUGAAAUUAUGUCUGUGAGAGAUGAUAAAAGAUUAAGUUUACUGCAAAAGGUACAAUCAUCUGAAACACCAAAGAUAGCAAAGAGUCCAUUAACAAUAAUAAAGGUAAGUCAGAUGUGUAAAACUCCAAAGAUUCAGUUAGAUGAUUCAAUAUCCUACAUUAAUUCUAAUCGAACACCAGGAAAAAGUAUAUUGAAACAACAAAAAAAUUUUAAUGAAAUAGAAUCAACAGUAAAAUCUGCAAAUAAAAUUAAUUUUAAUGAUCAUAUAAUUUUGAAUGAAGUGUCAAUUGACGAAGAAACACAGACAAAGAUGGAAUUAGCUGUAGCAUUAUCAAGGAUAGAUAGCUUUGAUAGUACAGAAAUGAAAAUUAACGCGGAAAAAAAGCUUUAUUUUGAUGACAGUAAUUCCGACGAGGAUGAUUUUGAUGAUGAAGACAAAAUCAAUAAAUCUCUGGGAAGUAGAAAUUCGGCAAACAGGAACAUUCAUAAAAUACCGAUUAUAAACAUAGAAAGAGCUACACCAUUACAAGAAGCAAAUAAAAGAUGUGAUACACCAUUCAGGAAGAUCACCAGACAAAAUGCAGUGGAUGAGGAUGAGUCAGUGUUAGAUGGAACCUUCACGUUAAAUAAAACUAACAAAGAAACUUCAGACGAUAUAGAUUUAAGUACAUUGAGUGACAAAUUAAACAAAUAUUCUAUAAAUGGCAACGAAGAAACAAAUGAACAAACUGACAAUGUAAGAAUAUUGAGAAAUAGAAUUGUUACUUCAACAGAAACACCUACGCCUAGGCGAAGAUCUUCCAGAAGAGUAUCUGUUAAUAUACAAGAAACAGAACAUAAAGAAAAUGAAACUCCUAUGGAUAGGAGAAGAAGAAAAAGUCGUCUUAAAAUAAAUGCUAGUAAUAAUGAAAAGACAAAUAUAGAGUUGUUGUGUUAUAGCUGUAACGACACAUGUUUGGAUAAAAGUAGUGACAAGAGAAGAUCCACAAGAAGUGUAAAAUUUUCUGGCAUAGAAAAAGAGUGUAGUAAUAGGACAAAUAAACCAACCCAACCUUUGACUCCUCACGUUAAAAAAAGUAAACGUAAAAGUAGGAGUAUGUCCAUGGAAACUUCUAGUUUGGGAAUAGAAGAAAAAUCGACCCAACGUAUCAGCAGGAGAUCGCAAAACAAGAAAUUAUAAUAUUCGGUAUUAUGAAAUUUGUGUAACUGGCGUAUAAAGGUACAAUAAGUUUUUAUGAUUUCUAAUUGA